GCGGCGGCCACCGGAAGAACGAAUGACUCGAACCCGACGACUCGAGAGCUGAACUAAUCAUUUCUGUUUCCGUUACAGAACCUAUGGGGAUGUUACAGCGCAUGUGCGGUCAGAAAUGAACGAAUCACUCUCUGAGACAACUCAUUGUUCCCGAGUCAUAUUAAAGAUUCAUUCAAAAUGAACGACUCAUCACUUGUAGUCAAGGCAACGCUGCUCGAGCGUCCUGAGAAAUCGUCUGGUCACGUAAAAGCUUAAUAACUAUGGACUUGAUGCUUAACUUGAAGUCUCUUCAGUUUGAAAAUGGACUCAGUGAGGAAGAGGAAGAACAGUGUGUGUUCCUGCGCAGUCGCUCUUCCGCGUUAGCAGUGUGUGGCUGUGCGCACGCGGUGUUUCUCUGCAGCCUCGUGUCUUUAGCCAGGGAUAAAUUAAACCACCUUACUAAUAAAUCAGACCUGCAGCCAGUGAAGGUUGGCAUUAUUGGAGGUGGGCACAUGGGCAAACAGCUGGCACAGCUUUUAUUGACCAUACCAGCCUUUAAACCAUCUAACAUUCACAUGUCAACUAAAAGACCAGACACACUGAGUGAAUUCUCAGACAGAGGUGUGAGGUGUUAUUUCGAUAACCGCAGGCUGGCCACUUGGGCAGACGUGAUCUUCCUCUGCGUUCUUCCCACUCAUCUUCAUCACGUGUGUUCUGAGCUUCACUCUCAGCUGUCUGCUCGCUGCCUAGUGUACAGUUUCACCUCGGCAGUGCCAUUACACAGGUUGGCGUUACUUCUUGGUCACGCGUUUGUUCUCAGACCUCAGUACAGCUUUAUGACCUGUGAUUCGGGUCACUUGUGGCUCUGCCAUAAUCGAGUGGCAGCAGCUCUAAAGGAUGAAGGGGUUCUGAGUGCAUCAUGCCCACUAUCAAUGACUGGUGGUCUCUCUUUGGAUCAGAGGUGGGUGUGUGCUGUGCUCUACACUCUCCUCAAUAUGUGCACUGCUGAGGGACUGAUCGCCACCCAAACCGUCCAACUGCUCAGUGACUUGUUUCAGACGACAAUCCCAACCGUAACUCUGACCUGCCAAAGCUUUGUCAACUCAUCCUGGGCAUCUAGACUUAAUAACUCUGAGGAGCCUUUCCCAUGGAUUAACAUUAUUGAUGUACAGACAAAACAGUCUCCUUUGACUUCUUGUCUGUCAGGAUGUAAAGCUUUACAAGACUGCAUUUCUGUGAUGUAUCGAAAAACAUUUUCUGGCUGAAUUUAAAGAGUGAAACAAAGACAAAAAGUGUAAGGAACCAAUUUCACCACAACAAUUUUACAAUUAUUUUCCAAUAACUAUUGUGUAAUAUUUUGACUAUAUAUACAAGUUGAAUCAGUAGAUCAUAUGUAAACCACAUUGUUAAAAUAAGGUUAGGAUAAUUAGGCUCAUGAGAAUAGUCAGGGUUUCUCAGCAGCCCUGAAAUAGUUCUGUAGCUCUCUGGAUAUUUAGUACCAUUUGGGGCCUAAUUACACUGACUGUGCAAGUGUACGGUUCAUUUGUUUCUUAGCAAAUGUCAUAUGCUAAAAAAAAAUAAAAAUAUUUCAACAUGAUUUUGCUUUUGUGACU